AUGCAGAGCCUCAGGACUGAGCAGACACAGGGACUGCUGCCCCGGGACAGCCGGGCCUGGGAGAAGACCUGCCACCCUACCUUCCCCAAGGACUGGGAGGCUGUGGAGGUCGGGGCCUUCAGCUGCGACAGCGACGAGAAAGAUCUGUCUUCCCAAGAGACUGGGCUGUCUCAGGAAUGGAGCUCGGUAGAAGAAGAUGAUGACUCUGAUGACUCCCAGGGCUUUAUGGAGUGGUCCAAAGCUCCACAGCAUACAACCAUCGUGUUGGUAGUAUGUGUGCUGUUCUUGUUCUUGGUUUUAACCGGGAUGCCCAUGAUGCUCCACAUUUAA